AUGGAUGCGAAGGGAUGGAACGUCAAACAAUAUACAGAACAUAACGGGGAGCAGACUAAAAGUGCGAAAAAAUUCUUCAUGUUUUACGCAGAUUUGCUAAAAGAUUUGUAUGGAGAUGAUCCAGUGACGUUGAUUGAUGUUGGAUCUGGAUGUGGACGUGUCUUGGUCAAUAUAAUCUUAAAGGAUAGUGAAUUGAAGUUCUCAAAAGUAGUUGGAGCUGACAAGUGCACAAAAAUGAUUGAUCAUGCGAAUAAAACAUACGGAAGUGAUGAAUUAAAAUUUCAUUUGAUGGACGUUCAGGAAUGUGUUCCUGAAUGUCUCAAGUCAUUGAAAUUUGAUAUUUUGACAUCAUUUUACUGCCUUCAUUGGAUUCAUGACUUGAAAAAAGCAUUCAAUGUUAUCAGUAGCCUAUUAAAGCCUGGUGGUUUAUUUCUUUGUGUCUUUCUGAAAAAGCAUUUUCUGGCUGGCAUUUAUAGUGCAUUGGCCCAGAAGUACUCACCAUACAUGGAUAAUUAUGAGAAUAAAUUUAGUGAAUUACUUUUCUUGGACAAUGCUGACGAAGUAAUUAAGGGAUAUCUUACUGAAUGUGGAUUCGAAAUUGUCGAAUUUAUUGACGUUAAAAAUGAUUUAUGUGACUUAAACAGCGAAGCUAUAAUGUCAGAAUCACUUGAAGUAAUCAAUCCAUUCUUAAGUGCUAUGCCAGAUACCCUACGAAAAGCAUUUUUACAAGAUCAAAUUGAAGUUUCCUAUAAAAUACAGACGGGAAAGAAAAAUCCAUUUGUGAUCAAGAGAAGAAUAUUUUAUUUCAUUGCUAAAAAAUUGUAA